UUUUAUAGCAGUACUUUGAGGCAUUCUUAAUAUUAUUAAAACUCUAUUGAAGAUAUGAAGCUUGUUAGAUGUGACACUAAAUAUGUGUGUGGAACUAAUAGGACAAGUUUAACUUAUUUCUGUGGAUGUUAUAAACAAUAAUUGAGCGACGGCCGAGUUUGUUCCAUUUAUUUACCUCGUUUAAACUGCUUAAUUACACAUUUUCAAAAAAUAUGGCAUUUUUCCAGUAUAUGCGAAAUGACAUGUUCAAAAAUAUUAAUUUAUGAUUGAGGAUAGCGAAUGGCUCAUAUAGAUGGAACAUCUUUUUAUUUUAUUUAUAGCGUGGAGUUAUAUUAUUCCGGUGAAAGCAAUAAAAUUAUACUGUGUGAAAUAAGCAAAGCGGGAAAUAUAGACUAGGGGUGAAAAAAAAACGGUUAAGUUUGGUGUAUCUACGUAUUUUACGGAAACAAAAUCAGCAACAACGACAAGAUACACCAGCAACAUCAUAAUUUUCACUACAACUAUCAACAUUAAAAGAAAGAAUCGAGAUUAUUAACAGCAGCCGUAUCAUCAGUACUUAGCAGUAAUUUGAACUCAUAUUGACAUACUAGUAAACCAACUCAUCUUUCAAUGCGAUUAUCUUGUCUCGAAACAAUGAAAUCAUCAACAGCUGCAGCAUCAUCAUUAGCAGUAUUUUGAACUUAUAUUGACAUAAUGUAACCCAAUUCAUCGUUCAAGGCGAUAAUCUUGGAACAGCGCUCGGAGAGUUUUCAAAGAAUCUACUAAGGAAGAAUUCAACGCGAUGAACCUUGUGUUUAUUUGUCUGGUGUUGGUGCUACUUAAGUUACACACAGGUAAAGCAGCUUUUCUUAGUCGAGGCAACCUGACAUGUACCACCAUAUACAGGAGCUGGGAUAUGGUAAGGGAGACUGUCUUCAAUUGGACCCUAGGGGACGUAACUCCUUCAUCACUUUCUGGACUCGUUACCAAAGUCACGUGGAGUGACGACUUUUUCGAUGGAACAUGCCUUGACGUCACAGAUACGUCAUGCAGAUGCUACGACACAGACGUCUGCAGUUCAAUGGUGGUUCCGUUUACGUUUAACGUCACUGUGACGUCAGACGACGGUACAAUGUCGGUUUCUGGGAGCUGGUUUGUGGAUCCAAUGGAGUGUGUAAAGCCCGUGCCUGUUGAUGACGUUACAUCCGUCUCGGUGAGCCCAAAUUGUGUGCGUGUGAAGUGGCGGGUUUCAAAGUACCUCUUGGGAGAUUUGUUUAACUCGUGUAAAGCUGUUUUUCAAGUGUUACACAAGCAGCAUGGACAGACACACGCAUGGGCAACGGACAAGAACUGUUCCUCUUAUGAGCCAACAUCGGGUUGUGGAGGAGAGUGUACAGUGUGUGAGUUGUCGCCCUUCACCACGUACGACUUCGGCGUGAGAUACCGGAAGUGUAACGACUCGAGUAUCUCUUAUGGGCAUUACAGCGACGUCAAAUUAACUGCUACUGUGCGUACAAACGAAUCAGCGCCAUCUGCAGCACCGGAAAUGCACAAAGACGGAUAUUUCUACACCAAUACUGAAUGUCCUCGAAAGGUUGUCCUCUUCUGGAAGGAUAUUCCUCGACAGUAUAAGAAUGGUAUCAUUACCCAUUUUCAACUGACGCUCACGGAGAAAGAAGCAAACUCUACAUCAACGUUGCAUGUGACCGGAAAGGAAUACACCGCUGUUAUUUCCGUUUCCUGCAGCAAACGUUACGUCAUCGAUAUUUGUGCAAUGACGUCAGCAGGAACAUCAAGAAAUUGUUCUCAAACAGAAAUCAACACUAAAGAUAACUCCAGCAUUACAAGUGUGAUACCAGAAGUUACAAAAAGAGGCCUCAACGUGUUUUGGAACAUCAGCGGAGGCAACAGUAGACAGGGUGAUAUUAACAACAUUACAGUUUUCUACUGCCAGCGUGAUAUAUCGGCACGAUGCAAGUCGAAUUCAGAAAUAAAGUGGUUAGAUGUCUCAAAGGAAAACAACCCAGUGCACGUUGCCAUUUCGGACCCAACUUCUGUCAGUCAGUACCGAGUAGGCGUGGCUUAUGGGAGUGGUGGAAUUGUCUGGGCGGAUUGUCUGUAUGCACCAAAAGGUUCAGCUUCGAUAUUUGCAUAUGACCCUACUAUACAUACCGAGGACCUAGCGGAAGGGAGCGCCCUUAUUAAGUGGAAUACGCAGGCGUGUGAUAAUGGUAACCCCGGACCAUAUGUGGCAGGGUUCAUCCUUACGGUGUGCCCGAGAAACAGUGAAAAGGAGGAAAUGUGUAAAGAUUCUGUUGUCAACGUAACUUUGCCUGGUAUGGCUAGUAACUACCUUUUAAAGGACCUUGAUACACAGUUUGCAUAUCGAAUGGAGUUGCGACCCUUGGAUAGGACAUUAACGGCUGGUGAUCCAAUGGUAGUGUAUGGGGAACCAGCAAUAAAUGGAACUUUUCCCACUUGGCUGAUUGCUAUUUUAGUGGUGUUUGGCAUUGCUGUAGUGUCGCUAUGCAGCUUCUUCUUCAUAAAGGUGGCCAAAGAAACAGGCCACAGACUACACAACUAUAUUGAAGACAGACGGGCAAUAGCAACAAUAAAAGUUGAAAAUGGAGAAUCGGUUUCGCUUACGAUUUCACAAACAGAAUUAUGAAUCCCGUCAAAUGAAUGUGAUGUAAAUGGCCACUAUUGUAUCCAGCCAAAUGCAAGUGAUAUGCAUUCAUUGUGAAAGUACGAUUUCAGCCAAAUACAAGUGAAGUAAAAGGAUAUUGUGCAAGUAAUAUUCCAGCCAAAUGUCAAUGAAGUACAUGGGCACUGUUCAAGUAUAAAUCCAGCCAAAAUGUCAAUGAAGUACAUAGGCACUGUGCAAGUAUAAAUCCAGCCAAAAUGUCAAUGAAGUACAUAGUCAGUGUGCAAGUACGAUUCCAGCCAAUUGUCAAUGGAUUACAUGGGCAUUGUGCAACUAUGAAUUCAGCCAAUUGCAAGUGAUGAAAAUUGUCGUAGUGCAACUAUGAAUCCAGCCAAAUGUAAAUGAAGGCCAUGGGCACUGUGCAAGUAUGAAUCAGGCCAAUUGCAUGUGAUGAACAUUGUUGUAGUGCGAAUAUGAACCAGCCAAAUGUCAAUGAAGUACAUGGUUACUGUGAAUUAUGAAUCAAGCCAAUUGCAAAUGAUGAACAUUGGCAUAGUGUAAGUAUGAACCAGCCAAAUGUCAAUGAAGUACAUGGUUACUGUGAAUUAUGAAUCAAGCCAAUUGCAAAUGAUGAACAUUGGCAUAGUGUAAGUAUGAUUCCAGCCUAAUGUAUUUGAAGAACAUGGGCAAUGCGCAAGUAUGAAUCCAGCCAAUUGCAAGUGAUGAACAUUGGCAUAGUGUAAGUAUGAAUCCAGCCAAAUGUAUUUGAAGAACCUGGACACUGCGCAAGUAUGAAUCCAGCCAAAUGCAAGUGAUGAUAAUAUAUAAAGCCAGCCAAAUGCAAGUGAUAUACAUGAGCCUUGUUCAAGUACGAUUCCAGCCAAACAAAAGUGGUGUACACGGAGAUUGUACAAGUAUGAAUCCAGCCUAAUGCAAGAGAUGUGCAUGGAUAUUGUGCAAGUAACAAUCAAGCCAAAUGCAAGAGAUGUGAAUGGACAUUGUACAAGUAUGAAUCUAGCCGAUUGCAAGAGAUGUGCAUGGACAUUGUGCAAGUAUGAAUCCAGCCAAAUACAAAAGAUGGGCAUGGACAUUGUGCAAGUAUGAAUCCAGCCAAAUGCAAGAGAUGUGCAUGGAUAUUGUGCAAGUAUGAAUCCAGCCAAAUGCAAGAGAUGUGCAUGGACAUUGUGCAAGUACGAAUCCAGCCAAAUGCAAGGGAUGUGCAUGGACAUUGUGCAAGUAUGAAUCCAGCCAAAUGCAAGAGAUGUGCAUGGACAUUGUAGCAGUAUGAAUCCAGCCAAAUACAAGAGAUGUGCAUGGAUAUUGUGCAAGUAUGAAUCCAGCCAAAUGCAUGUGCUAUAAAUGGGCACUGUAGAAUACAGCCAAACACAAGUGAUGUACGUGAACAGUGUUGUAUCCAGCCAAAUAGAAAUUAUAGCAUGGGAAUUUUAUGUCAAAUGUAUGACGCCACCUAAAUAUCUAUCUUUUGGAGUCCACCCCAGUGGGAGUGUCAGUUUGGUAUUUUUAGUAGUUUGGCAUAGACCUAGAUUGACAGUCCGUUGUAUUACCACAUGACAACAGUUUUAUCACAGAGUUUAUAUUUAGUUAUAUAUUGUAGUGUUUGGUAGUUUACAUAUUCAUAUUUGAUGAAUGUGUGUUCCAUGUAAUAUAAUUAUGGUACUUAUAUACAUGUAUUUACUGUGUUGAAUUUAUUUUAAACUGAAUUUAUUAUGUAACUUUUGUACAGCAUUUUAUAGCUACUUGCCCUAACCAAUACGCUAACUGGAUAACGUGUUGAGAUUCAACCACUCUUAUUGACGGGAACACGAGUCUACGAUGUUUAAACUAAUAAUGUUUAUAAAAAUUCCGCAUUAUUGUGUAUUGUGUUUAAGUUCUUAUGUUUGACAGUGCUAUAAUCGUGUUAAAAUGAUGGUGCUUUUACAGUAAAAUGGUUGCUGCUUGUAGUUUAGGCUUUGGCGUUUACCCAGUGCCAUUAAGCCGGGUUUAUGUUUAAACUUUUUGCUACUGAGCUUGUUUUGCAGUGUUACUUCCCUUACAGUAAAGUAAUUUCUGCCACUAUGAAAAUCACGUGACCAUAUAAUGGUAACUUUAAUUUUAAAUAUUGUUUGUAUUUAAAUCUGAAUGGACUUUGAAUAAUUGAAAAUUGAUAAAAAAGCUAUCCAAAACAGAGAGAAGAAAACAUCAAAAAGAAAGUUUAAAUAACUGUAAUCCAGCUUUACUCGCUCAUUGUGGCAUAGAUCUAUUCUGCUUAUCAAGGGUGACUGGUUUCUUGUGUUUUUUCAAUGGAGUUUAACUGACAAUUCAAACAUUAAUGACCGUAACUGCACGCCAUAGUUUGGGCAUUUUUAUACAUUAAGUAUGUAUUCAUGCCAAAAAGUCACGUUUUUGAAGCAUUUAUUAUUUAUAUUUUAAAUCAUAAUCUUUAAACUUUUGCUACGUCUUAUCUUUAUUCAUGAUGCAAUCAAUAUACAUUUGUUGUUGUUUUUCUGUUUGCCCAAACGUGUUAAAAAAAAAUGCCAAUUCUUUAAAGCUGCAAACACAGAGUUAUUUAUUCUGUAUUUGAAUGAGCCAUUUUUUUGCGUUAAUGUCUGGGAACCACUGAUAUAAGACUGCUGACAAAAGAUCAGAUAGCAGUUUGAUUGAUGAAUUAUGACUAAAAGCAUUACUUACGCUUAAAUAAAAAUGAAAUUUUCGACAGUUCACCAAAAUAUUGAGAUCUGUUCUAUUGUAAUUUAUCUAAAAUGACUGAAUUGAAGGUAUUGAUGCCAACAUCAGCCGAUUGUGAGACAAAAAAUAUAUAAAGUGUAAAAACUUGCAAUCUGUGAGAGUGCAGCUUUAAAUGUGUUUAUGUUCAUAUCUUUUAAUUACAAAGAAAUUUUAUUUUGAUAUUUUUAUAUUAUUAUGGAAAUACUUUUAAGAAUUCUUGCUUCGAGUUUUUAGGCAUGCGCAAAGUUUAAAUAAAGUUUACACGAAUGUUAUAACCUCUUUGUAUCAGCUUUGUUUGUUGGUUUGUUUUCUUUAAUUUAGGAUUGAUCUCAAUACAAGGCAUAUCGUUUUUUCUCUUUACAUUUUGUAUGUUAAACAAAAACUCUGAUCAAAUAAACGUUA